AUGGCCGAGACAUCUUCAACACUGAUACUGGUCCCCCGCUUCGCUGACCUUACAACAACGGCGCCUGCGACUAGCAUGACUGGAUCACCUGCUACUCAACCUUUCUCUACACCUGAAUACGACAAUGGUGUCUCGCCAGUCCCUAUACAAGUCGUUGUCGGCGCCCCUGUUGGUGCGGUUGCAGGACUGGCGGUGCUGGUAGCCAUCAUUGUAUUUUUUGUGAGAAGGGCUGCGGCAAAGAAGCGGGAAGCGGGAGCUGUGCGGGAAGAUGGAGGGAAGAUGGUAUAUGAUACUGAUGACGAAUCGGUUAUAAGUGGUUAUGGGAAGGAGGUGGGGAGGCGAGGGUGA